GGUCUCUCAUCAAAACACCAUCUGUCAUCAAAAUAUAUCUCGAUUAGGGCUCGACUGUACUCAUCCAUCACUGCAAUCAUCGAUUAAGAUUAUACCCAUCUGUACAAUCGCUUAAGAUUUCGAUCUAUUCAUGGGUUCUUCGUACUGGGGAAAAGAUAGAAGAAAAAUGGUUUUCAAUCUAGACAUCGAAAUACCGGAGUUGAAACUAGGGUUCCAUUUGUGGGUUCUUCGAUUUGGGGAUUUGGGGGUUUCUCGGCGAUUCUUGCUAGUUUGCCUUAUUUGCAGAGAAUCUGCAGCAGACCAUCUUCUCCAACCAUUCCAAGGCCUUUGCAUCACUACUUUCAACAAUUGGUAAUUGCAAUUCAAAUCCUCUUAGUAUUGUCGUUGCUAUUCUCCCCCGUAGUUCCCGCCAGGUCCCGUCGCUCAAUCUCUGAAAUAGGGUUAGGCUAGCAACUCAUGCAAAUUUCAAAGAUUUUGUCCUUACUGCUGGGUUGGAGUUCUUUCCUUUAGGUGGAGAUCCAAAAGUUCUUGCCGAAUAUAUGGUCAAGAAUAAAGGUUUCUUGCCAUCGGGACCUUCGGAAGUAUCUAUUCAGCGACAACAAAUAAAAGAAAAAAUAUUUUCUUUACUUCCUGCGUGCAAGGAACCUGAUCCUGAUUCCAAUGUCCGGUUUAAAGCAGGUGCAAUAAUUGCCAACCCACCAGCAUAUGGGCACUCUCAUGUUGCUGAGGCACUAAAAAUACCGAUUCAUAUAUUUUUCACAAUGCCAUGGACGCCUACCAGUGAAUUCCCUCAUCCUCUAUCCCGUGUCAAGCAACAUAUUGGAUAUAGAUGGGAGAGGAGAGGCAGCAGCCAAUACACCCAAGCGGAUAUUGAUCAAGUGCGAAAUGAGUGGGGGAAGUUUGUUGUCAACACAUAUGUGCACGAGUCAUGAAGUAGCGCACUUGCUGCUGGUACAUUUUAGAUAAGGAAAACAUUUUUUUUGUGCU